AUGUGUCCUAAACACACCGAACUAUUUCUGCUUCUAGCUCUCCUCUACUCAGUUUCAAAGUUUGAAUUUACCAACAUCAACUGUACUUCAUUGGAUAAAACUUUCGAUGACUUUGAGUAUUGCUAUCUGAAGUCGGUGAAUCGGAGCUACAAAUAUCUGUCAGUAAAGGUUAAUUUGUUUAAAACCCCAAUCGCUAAAGUCAAGGUUCGUGGAACACUUUUUAAGCGAUUUAACGGCUACAAGCCAUUCAUGUUCAAUGUCACAGUGGAUGCCUGCAGAUUCCUGAACAAUACGAAGUCGAGUCCUAUUGCUGCAUACCUUUUGCAGCAUGAUCUAAUCAUGGAUAAAUUGGAAAUAGGCUUUGUAAACCACCAAGUCACGAAAGUUCUUCCUUUCCCGGAAGGCGCUUACUUACUCGAAACUCAUUGGAUUGCCUACGAUAUCGAUCGAGCUGUGGUGAAGGUAUACGGAACUCUCUCCUAAUCAACUAUGCUUAUUCUACAUAUAUUCUCCAUU